AUGUCUGUGCUAGCGGAACAAAUUGGCCGUCUAAGCGCCCAGUUCCACGUCUCGGCCACCGCGCUGAACAUCACGAGAAGCACAGGACAGGAGAUCAUCUCCAUUGAGGAGCGGAAGAUCAAGAUCACCAACCUGGCGAGCGGUUCGCACUAUCUGGACAACGUUCUGGAGUUCAGUCCCACAAGGCUUUGUUUGAGCCCCAAUGACGAUUUGUUGUGCCUUUAUGACACCACACAUUGUACUGUGGUAUCACUGAACGAGCCCGGCUCCAAGAUCGGUCACGCGAUCGCGUACUCCAUCAAUAUCAAUCUACAACACAAAGAAAACAUUGUGCAAAUUAUCUUCAACAGGUUAUCGCAGUUUGGCGCCGAGCUGGUGGUUUUGACUACAGACGCCAUCUACAACUUCGACCUCGGCUCGUCGCUGACUAAGCCGACCCACACGUACUGGCUCAGGACAGGUGCGCCGCUAGCCAGAGCACACUCAGUCGACGUGAUAGACCCGGUUUCUCUUGCGUUCGGCUCAAACACAGACACCGUCAACCCGCGUGGCGACCUCACGCUGCUGAUUCUGUCCUCGGACUCGUCCGUCUACAAGAUCUACCCUUAUCUUCCGGCCAACAUCGCUGUUUCAUCGGAGUGGCUGGGCGCGUUGUUCGACUACGCAAGUUUCAAGUACAACGCCAGCGGCGCAGACGAUCUGUCGACGGUGUCGAUGCUGAAAUUUGCAUCGCUUUUGUCGCAGUCGAACGGCCAUGUCCGCACGAUAAGUAAGGCUCUUCCCUCAAACCUCAGCAGAGGCAAGCUUGUCGGGCCUUUGAGCAUCCAGCCGUUUCCAGACGAGCUAUACGAGCAGGACGCGCUAAAACUGAUUCCAAUGGAAAACGACAUGUUCUGUGUCGUGUACAACAAGGCUCUGGCGGUGCUCUUUGACGACCAAGACCAGCCCAUGGCUUUUGACGGCCAGCGGGCCCCAGACGCUGCCGGCAUCGUCAGAAUGGUCGACUGUGCGCUGUUCGGGUCCAAAACCAUCAUCGGCGGUAUGCUGCUGCCCAACAAGCCCACAUCGGUGCUCCUCACGUCCUCCGAGUCGGACCUGCUCCAUGUGGACUUUGCCGACUGGUGGAACGUUCUUGCAGACAGCAUUGCCUCGAACGACCUUUCGGCAGUACGCGAUUUGCUGAAAACGGAGCUGCCAACGAGAGUCACUAGUCUCGGCAAAGUUCGACUUCCAGAAACGGCCUCCACAAGCGAGCCAGACUCGUUCCAGUACACCAUCCCCCACGCUACGGCAGAGCACAGAAUCGCCUACAUUUGGAGCUACAGCCACUCGUACGCGUUUGCCAACUCGGCUGUUUUCGAGGUGUGCGCUCCCGCACAGCCGUCUGCCGCUCUGGACACCGAGCUGGUUCCGCAGGACGUUUAUGAAAAAUACGAGGCUCUGGAUCUAAAUCGGCAGCUGACAGCCACCAAAGUGACACUGGCCAAGAUCCAGAAACAGCUAUACGCAAUGAACUCCAACCAGCCGCUCACUGCAGACACGAAAGACCUCAUGUCUUUGUAUAAGGCUAGAGAGCUUAUCACCACCGGGCUGAUCGCCGUGUUCAACGACGUGGCCUUGUCGAACAGAAAGCUGCAGCAGAUGCGCAGCCAGUUUCUGGUCCAGAUCGCCACCCUCAACGAGGCGAAACUAAACAGACAGGACAGACUCAAAAGAUACAAUAGCUCGAAACGGAAAUUAGAGGCGCUGGCCGGCAAGCAAGCAGAGCUACAAAAAAGACUCUGCGAACUUGCGGCAACCAAAGAGAAACUCGAAAUGGAGACGCUCAACCACGCAAACGCGGCGCUGUCCAGCAAAGAACAGGCCUACGUGAAACAGCUGGAGAGACUCCAAAAGUUGAUUGCCGAGAAGCAGAACGAUUUCCGGGCUGUGCAGGAGUACGUGGAGUCGCUGAAGGACAUGGAGGUGGUCAACGUGUCGCUGCCAUCCGGCUAUUCGCGCGAGGUUGCCCGGAUGAAGGCCAAGUUGGAUGUGAGGACGGGCCUGGUCGAGUCACUCACCCAGGAACUCAAGAAUACAAGUAUUUGA